GCACCUCAUGAUGCUUUAAUGGCCAUGGUUCAUGGAGUUUAGUUUGCAUGUUGCUGGAGAAUGGGAUUGGAUGGUGAGACUCAAUUGAUACCCCUGCUGGAUUGGGUGGGUUUUAUAGUCAAGCUCCCUUCUGCCUUUGCACUUGAGAGCCAAUCUCCGUCCAGCCAAAGAAAAUCUUCUACAUGAAACAUUUGGCUUGAUGAGACCCCAAGAUUUAUCUAUCUUUUCCUUCUUGAUCAUCAUGGAUCAUGGUGUUUAGUUUGCAUGUUGUUCGGGAAUGGCACCGAAUGGUGAGAAUCAAUAGACAAUUCUUGUAGAAGCUCUUGGAUUGAAAGUAUACGCAAAUAACAGGUGGGAUGCUUAUUGAAAUUGGUUGGAGUAUAGUUUUGCUGUGCACAAGCAUAGAAUAGAGGAAAUAAGUGGACUUUAUUCUUAGUCACUGAUAUAGCAAAACUAUUAGAGAGGUGUCAAGGUAAGCAGCUUAUCAUACAAUAUAUUAUGGGGCCAUGGAAGAAGGAGGUAAUUUCAUUAUAGGAUUGAGUAAAGAACAUGAUGGAAGAGGUUAAUUUACCACUUCAUGGCUAUGGGAAGGUGUGUAUACUUGCCAUGUAUUCUCAAUAAGUCUCUUUUAGUAUGGAAACAUUUGGAAAUUUUCACAAGUUGAUGAUGUGAUAAGGAAGAAGGUUCAAUUCAUGAAGCCCAAGCUGAAAGGGCAAGCAUGCUUAUGGCAUCAAAUAUUUUUCAGGAUUAAUUGAAGCUAAAAGUAAAGCACUUUCGUCCUACUAAACACUAGAAAAACUCAUACAAUGGGAUGUUUUUUUCUUCAAACAAGAUGGAAAGUCUGUUGAAGUGUAUAUAUAUAUAUAGAGGAGUUCCAUCAGAGAAUUAUUUGGAAAUGGGUGCAAGGAAAUGAAGCCCAACUUGCUGCAUGCCUGCUAUAAACUAUGGCUACCAAUGAAGAUUUUAUUUGAGAAGGAUCAUGGAUAACAACAUGGAAGAGAGGCUUCUCGGUUCAGAAACAGAAGGUCCAACUGAUUUGAAAUGGAGAAUUUGGGAAGAAUCGAAGAAGGCAUGGAGGAUCACAUUUCCUGCUAUGCUAUCUAAAAUUACUGCCUUUGGAAUGCUGGUUGUGACACAGGCAUUUAUUGGUCACAUUAGCCAACUAGAUCUCUCUGCCUUUGCACUUACACAAACCAUCCUUGUGCGCUUUUGCAAUGGGAUACUGAUAGGCAUGUCAAGUGCAACUGAAACUCUCUGUGGGCAAGCAUUUGGAGCAAAGCAGUAUCAUAUGAUGGGUAUAUACUUGCAGAGAUCAUGGCUUGUUGAUGUGACUAUGGCCACAAUUAUGGCCCCUUUGUUCAUCUUUGCGACUUCCAUAUUCAAAUUGCUCGGUCAGGAAGACGACAAGGCAAUAGCUGUUAGAAGUUUCUCUCUGUGGUUCCUUCCCUUUCUCUACUACCUUGUGUUUAGCAUGACCCUCCAAAUGUUUUUACAAGCUCAACUCAAGAACAUGAUUGUUGCAUGGGUAUCUGCUGCGUCAUUUGUGCUUCAUGUAUUGUUGUCCUGGCUCUUUGUUAUCAAAUUGAACUUAGGGAUUCCUGGAGCAAUGAGUGCAUUGACCAUAUCUUCUUGGUCAAUGGUCAUCGGAGAGUCUGUGUACGUCUUUGGAGGUUGGUGCCCUAAAACAUGGAGAGGAUUAAGCAGCGCUGCCUUCACUGACAUACUGCCUGUUAUAAAGCUCUCUGUGUCCUCCGGUUUUAUGCUUUGCUUAGAGUUGUGGUACAAUGCUGUUGUACUCUUAGUGGCCGGGUAUUUGAAAGAUGCAUCCAUUGCCAUCUCUGCCUUCUCAAUUUGUAUUAAUAUUAAUACCUGGGAAUUGAUGCUAUGCCUUGGUUUCGUAGGUGCCUCAUGUGUGCGGGUGGCAAAUGAGCUAGGGAGAGGAAAUGCUAAAGCUGCAAUAUUUUCUAUUAAAGUCAUCCUAUGUAAUUCAAUAUUGAUUGGAGUAAUCUUCUGGGUUUUGUGUUUAGUCUUCGGUCAUGACAUUGCUUACUUGUUUACAAGUGAUGAGGAAGUAAUAACGAUGGUUUCAAGUCUCUCAGUCCUCCUUUCUUUCUCAAUCUUGCUUAACAGUGUUCAGCCAGUACUCAUAGGGGUGGCUAUAGGUGCUGGUUGGCAAGGUGCGGUUGGGAUCGUUAAUGUUGGUUGCUAUUAUGUUGUUGGGAUUCCAGUAGGAGCUUUGCUAGCUUAUGUCGCUGAUCUUUCGGUUAGGGGCAUGUGGAUUGGAGUACUGUGUGGAAUAGGGAUGCAAACACUUGUGCUUACCAUUAUGACAUGGAGAACUAAUUGGGAUGAACAGGUUAAAAAGACAUCUGAUCAUCUUAAUAAGUGGCUCUUGGAGUCUUCAGAAUCAAACCAAAACUCCCCUCAAGCCUGAAAAGAGUGAACCAUAUAAGUACUUUCAACCCAAAACAUGGAGGAAGAAAUUGAUUUCAUAAGAAUGAAUUUGCAUAUGACAUUUAGAAUACUAAUUAGAUUAAUCUUCGGUAUAAGAAGAUAUCGUAAUAUCCGAUCAAUGAUUUUGAUUAUUUAAGAGGGAUCUAUCCUUUUGAAUGUUGAUAAGUGAAGUUGUAUUAACCUAUUAGGCUAGUAAAAGUGAACUAAGAUUGAAUUUUUCUCUCU